UGCAAACAUGGCGGCGCUGUGUUGAAAGUCAUGCGACUGAUCUUGGACGUUAUAUUCCAUGUCAAUUUCCUUCGAUUCCAGUAUAUUUAAGCAUUCGUAAAUAGAGAUUUCUGUCGGUAUAUACUGUCAACUGUUUACAAUGGACCCCGAUGGACAACUGCGAAAUUUGCGGGACUUCCUCCUCGUGUACAAUCGCAUGACGGAAAUCUGCUUCCAGCGGUGCACGAGCAAUUUCAACUACAGAAAUCUGACAAUGGACGAGGAGCGUUGUGCGGAGAGCUGUGCUGGUAAAUUAAUAAGGACAAAUCACCGUUUAAUGGGCACGUAUGUGCAGAUGAUGCCUGCGAUGGUGCAGAAGCGGAUGCAAGAGAUGGAGAACAAGGCUGCAGAAGUUGCAAAAGCCGAAGCUGCUGCAGCACAGGGAGGUGCAUCUGCAAUGAUAGACACACAAUCUGUGCCUCUAUCAACCCCUGGGAUCCCACCAGAAUUGCCAUCACUGGAAAUUCUUGAGACUCCUCAAAUUGCUUCAACCCCUAAUUAUCCAUCAGAAAUAAAGCCACCACCUUUGGUUUUGGAGCCAGCCACACAAGCAUCAGAAACAGCCAAGUUGGGGGCUGGAGUAUCUGUGACACAAAAUGCCCAAUCCUUCACAACUGAUUCUUUACAAGGACAAAUAAAUGUGCCGCCAGUGAUGUCAACAUCUUCAAGUUCUAGUGUAUCAUCACCCGAAGCAGGUGUUGGUUCAGUCUCAAGUGCAGUGGCAGGAGCGGGUCAGAAUUCCCAGACAACAUCUUGAUGUUAAUGUGUUGAGAGAAGAAGAGAUGGCAGAAGUUGUUUACACUGCACUGAUGAAUUUCCCAAAGCAUAUGCAGUCCAAACAUCGUUGAAGCCUUUUAAAACUGCUGACCCCUCUCAGUGGAAAGGGCGCAAUAUGGAAUAAAAUGAAUUACCAUGUACAGCGGUUUAACAGGAGAGUCUUUUAAUAAAAACAAAUGAUAAAAAUUGAA